AUGACUAGGUUGCGGCAUCAUGGUCCUGAUUGGAGCGGGUUGCAUUGCCAUGGGGAUUGUUACCUUGCUCAUCAUCGAUUGGCUAUUGUGGACCCUGCCUCAGGAGAUCAGCCGCUCUACAACGAGGACGAGACCGUCAUUGUCGCGGUUAAUGUUGAGAUAUAUAACCACAAGCAAUUGAAAGAAACGUUGAAGGGUCAUCAAUUUCGAACUGGCAGUGAUUGUGAAGUGAUAGCGCACCUUUACGAGGAACAUGGGGAAGAAUUUGUUGACAUGCUGGACAGGAUGUUCUCCUUUGUCCUCCUUGGUACAAGAGACAACACUUUCAUGUAA